GCGUGGCUGAGCGGCGUGGCGGCCGGGCACGCCACUCGUCCUGCGACCGCCCCGAGCUGCGCACGUCGCGACGCUUGUCUCCCAGGCGCUAUCGACACACGCACUCAAACAUUGUGCACCAACUCGAACUGUACCUAGUAUGUGCUAAGUGAAUUAACGAUUGCCAAUAUGAAGGGCCGUCACCAGUUCAGGCGCAGAUUCAGUCUGCAACCGUCUUUUAUGAAAGAGGAUCAUGAGGAGGAGCGGAGACCACACAGAACUGAGCGGACGGAGGACACCGUGUCGAGCAGUGGGAACCUCACCAACAACGCUGUGCGACAUAAAAUAGUAGUUUUAGGAGCUGCAAAAGUUGGCAAGUCGUCGCUCAUAUCACAGUUUCUAUACAACACAUUCUCGCCGAAGUACAAGCGAACUAUAGAGGAGAUGCAUCACGGGGACUUCAACGUGUCGGGCGUGAGGCUAACGCUGGAUAUAUUAGACACGUCGGGGGCUUACGAGUUCCCGGCGAUGAGGACGCUGUCCAUGCAGUCCGCCGACGCAUUCAUACUGGUGUACGACAUCACUGACGCGAACAGCUUCACCGAAGUACGGAUGCUCAGAGAUCAGAUCCACGAAACCAAAGACAGCACGGCCGUUCCUAUUGUCGUAGUCGGCAAUAAGGUAGACCUAGCGGAAACUGGCGCCAGACAGGUUGAAUUCCACACGACGGAGUCUGUAGUAACAGUGGAUUGGGAGAACGGGUUCGUGGAGGCUUCGGCGAAGGAUAAUCUGAACGUAUCUCAGAUUUUUAAGGAGUUGCUGGUGCAGGCUAAGGUGAAGUACAACUUGUCGCCGGCGCUGCGCCGACGACGGCGGCAGUCGCUGCCUACCGGGCCGCAGGGAGCGCCGGGCUCCAGCCCCACGCCGCCCGCGCAUGCGCCGCACGUGCCCUCUCCCGCGCAGCUCGCGCACCUCCAGCAGAUCCGCGAGCGACACAACAACAAGCGCAACUCCUGCGUCAUCUCUUAGAUCAGCGCGGCUCGUGUCUAGGUACACCAUUAGUUAAGGACCUCGGGUAACUUUCGAAUUUUCUAUACGUACCGAUAAUACAACUAUUUAUAUGAAACUCUCAUUAAAGUGGACUUUGUAUUAGCUGUUCAUUAACUAAACUGUCGUCGCUUUCUUCUUCGGCCAGCCUCUUAAAUAUAUCACAGUGAAAACUUUCAAUCUUACACAUGAUUGUGCUUUCCAAAGUAUUUCGUUUUAAAGAUUUUACUGUUCAAAAUCAAAUUAUCACUAUUAGUAUUGAAAAUGGUUCCAAGUUAAGUCCCAUUAGCAAUAGUUGUGACAGUUCCCGUAUCAUGAGGUUAGUGACGAGGUGUUCACAAGCAUACGUCAUCUGUGUCGUCCCCGCCCAGUUCAUCGUUCCACUAAUUUACGAUUAUGCUAGGCAAUAAAACGUUUCUUACGUGAUAUACUUAGAUCCAUUAAGAUUUGUCCAUUCCUUCGUGAUGUUUCUACUUUAUAUGCGUAUAUCUAGAUAAGUAGUGGAAAUAACGCCAACAUACUAAAUAUACCUUUAGAAUUAAGUCAUAGUGUACUACAGAGUGACAUUGUAGGGAAAAGUGAUAAAGUAGAAGUGACGGGUAUUCGUGACUGGUUUAUACUUUAGGUUUAUAAAGAUUUUCUAACUUAUUGGUAAGAUAUAAAGACGUAGAUUUGAGUGAAAGAGGAUCCAUGAAACGACUGAGUGUUCCGCAAAUAUAUCAAAACAAACGAAAGAUAAUAAGUGUUGGUAUUGGAUCUGUGUUCGAUAAUAUUUGUGAGAGGUGUGUAAGGCCGUGGGCCGUAAGGGUACAAUGAUCUCGUUACACAAAUUACUGCGGAAAGAAUAAUGACCUAAUGAGGGUACGAGCCACAAAUGUGGUAACAAGAGCUAUCCGAUUACUCAAUUAUAUGAAUCGUUACAUAUACCUAAUACCAGUUUGCCAAACAGUAUUAAUGAAUUUGUGGAUCGUAUAUCAAUAUUUAUAACUAAUUGAUAAAACUUUCAUUCCAAGUGUAUUAGAAUAACGUGACUUGUAUAUUGUAAUUGUUUCAAUACUGUGUACUAUUUUCUGACUUAAACUGAAGUGUUAGAGUAGGGGUAACUUUUAUCAUAACUUUGACAUUAAGACAAAAGUUUGUCUCUCAACCAGUUGAAUGUAAUAGGUAAGAACUUAUAUAAUUUCAUCUGAGAACAUAAAGUUAUGCUCAGAAGUUAUGUACUAAUAAUAUUUUAUAUAGUCAUAAAAAUAAUGUAUAUGAUUCAGACAUAAAUGACAGAAAUUAGGUAUGCGACAUGAAUUUAGGUGCCCGAAAAAAAUAAUAAUGUAUCAGUA